AUGACCCGUGACCCAAUAGCAGGCCCCACGACACCAGUACAGAGCUGGGUGAUUGCGAGCCCGCAAGCAAAGGUCUAUGCCACUGUCACAUGCCAGGCAGAUGCGCAUCGGUGCAUGCAGAUGUUGUACAACCUGGUCACCAAUGCUCUCAAGUACACCGUGCAGGGUGAGGUCCACGUCACGGCUGCAGCAGACGACGAAAAUCAGACCGUCACUUUGGAAGUGUCCGACACAGGCAUCGGCAUUGGCCAAGCAGCCCGCGAGCGAAUCUUUCUACCUUUCGAGCAGGAGGACCAAAGUGACUCUCGGCGCUACGAGGGUCUUGGCCUCGGCUUGGCGAUUUCCCGCGCCGUGGCGGAGAAGCAUGGAGGCACCCUCACCGUUGAGAGCGAGGUUGGCAAAGGCUCGAGCUUCAAAGCAACGCUGCCAUAUGAACAGCCCGAGUAUUUCGGACGAGCAAGUCCGUGGGACAAGUUGGUGUCGGAAGGACAUCAAGCUCCGACAGAGGCCGAGCCAGAUGAUCCGCUCGACAGAACUCGCAAUGUUCUUCAGCAUGCAGAGGCGGUGUCAGUGCGGCAACAUCUGUCGCUGCGGCACGUCUCCGGGCAAGUGCUGGUUGUUGAUGACGAUCAGCAAACCCGACACUACGUACGCGACGUUCUGCAAAGGACGCAGGCAGAAGUCGUCGAGUGUGCGAGCAGCCACGAGUGCAUGAGCCUGCUGCAUACCGGAGACAUGAAGCCCGCGCUCAUCAUCAUGGACGUGAUCCUAUCUGACGACACUCAGGGGUUCGACUUGCUGAAGUGGCUGCGCGCCCGCUAUGGCUUCCUCGAGCUGCCCAUCAUCGUCAUAUCCAGCGACACAUCCCGUGAGUGCAUGUUGUCUGCUAUUGAAGCUGGGUGCAAUGAGUGGCUCAAGAAGCCCUUCAACAAGGAGGAACUCCUGGCUCGACUUUCGCUUGCGAUGCGGGUCGCUGAUGAAGUGGCCUCGAAUGGCCUUUGUCCCGGUCUGAGCUCUGCCUGCUCGGAGGACAUUCGUGGCGUCGCCAUGCACAUGCCCGACUUGCAAAAGCGCCGUUCAAGCGCGUCCAGGCUGUCGGUUCCUUCAUCCCGCUUGGGGCGGCCGUCACUCGAGAGCAACGACCUGAAUGUCGCGCCUCGCAGCGUUUCCAGCGGCUUGGUACUUCCCAUGCCUGAGUGCGAGGAAGAGUCGCAUUCCUCCAGCGACUCUUCAGACGAGCCAAGCGCGCAGGUUACGAAGACAAAGUCCAACAAGUCCAACUCAAGUGUCAGAGAGCCCGCCUUCCAGCAGGUCCUUUCACGUACGGAAACAUCGCCAAAGGCAGCACCCACGAGCCCGGUAGAGCGAGUCCCAUCAGCAUCUGCUCGCCGUCGCAGUGGUCCGCAGGUGCCGCCAGAACAGUUCCACCAGCUUCACGGACUGGACUGCUACCGGCUGCUCGGGCGACUUCUCCCUGUGGAAGCCGUGCAGCAACUCGUAUGCGGCGAAGUGAUCGAGCCGCAGAGGUGCCCCAAUGCGGCAGUGCUGACCGCCUCGCUGCAGGGCGUGGAUGACGUCGAGUCAGAUGUUCUCAUGAAUGCUCUGGGUCACUUCCUCGAUGUACUUGGCACGCUUAGCACUGCUGAAGGAAUCGUCUUCUUCUCGUCUGCUGAGCUGGGGGCAAGCUUCGUGGCAGUCUCGGGACUGCAAGGCACGCCUGGUCACGAGAUUCAGUUGGUGAGGUUUGCCCUGGCAAUGCGGGACCGGCUGGAUGAGUUGAGGAAAGCGCUUUCCUCGGCCGGCGAGGCCUCGCAGCUGUCCCUGGCCAUCGGUCUUGACAUGGGCAAAGCCACACGACUCGUCCUCGGACGACUGAGCCCUCAUGCCGAAGUCUCAACUUGCGUGGUUUUGCAGUGA